AUGACCUUAGUUGGUUAUGACCAGGGAAUGUUCAGCGGCGUUGUGAUCACACAAGAUUUCCUCGAAAGCCAUGAUCUGGUAGGAUCUACAAAGACAACCGCCCCGUCCACGGUGACUGCCGUAUAUGAGAUUGGUUGUUUCUUGGGGGCUAUUAUCGCCUGUACCGUUGGUGAGCAUCUGGGCUGA